GUCCAGACCGGAACUCAAGAUGGCUGCGCUCUUGUUGAGACAUGUUGGCCGUCAUUGCCUCCGUGCCCACCUUAGUCCUCGGCUCUCUAUCAGAAAUGCUGUUCCUUUGGGAACCACAGCCAAGGAAGAGAUGGAGAGGUUCUGGAAUAAGAACACUGAUUUAAACCGUCCUCUGUCUCCUCAUAUCACUAUCUACAGUUGGUCUCUUCCCAUGGCGAUGUCCAUUUGCCACCGUGGUACUGGUGUGGCCUUGAGUGCAGGGGUCUCUCUCUUUGGCUUGUCGGCCCUGUUGAUCCCUGGGAACUUUGAGUCUCAUUUGGAACUUGUGAAGUCCCUGUGUCUGGGGCCAUCACUGAUCUACACGGCCAAGUUUGCACUUGUCUUCCCUCUCAUGUAUCACACCUGGAAUGGGAUCCGACACUUGAUAUGGGACCUAGGGAAAGGCCUGAAGAUUCCCCAGCUGUACCAGUCUGGAGUGGCUGUCUUGGUUCUUACUGUGUUGUCCUCUGUAGGGCUGGCAGCCAUGUGAAGACCUGAAGUUCCCAGCAUUGUCUUCUCAUAAAUGGUUCACUGACCUGUCUUCCUGUUUGUCACUCUCUUCUCCAGCCAAGACAGAGUUCUCCCGAUUUAUUUAGACCCUUUUGUGCUUACACAUCCCCUCGGAGCUUAGUGACAGUAGAGUACCUCCUAGAACCCAAGCAGUGGAAGAGGGUCCGGUUUCCUCCCUUGUUUCUAAAGAUGGAAUGACUCAAAACUUCCCUUUUCCUGCCCCCAGCUUGCAGCCUUCUCUGGGCCUGGAAGCCCUCAUUCUCUCUCCAUAUUGGGCCUUGAUUUGUGCUGAUGGUCAGCUUUUGGCUCCUUCUUCCCGAGACAGUGGAAACAGUGGAGGCUCUGUGGCCUCUGCUGUGGGGCUUUGGGUGCCAUUGCCUGUGGGUUGCUAGCUUAAAGGACAGUUGUGUUCAUUGGUCAGAGCCCAGGGUCUUCCCACACAGUAUGACUGAGAGAAGAGGGUUGGGGGUGGAGGGGAAUUAGCCUGUCCCAGCUAGCUGGGGAUAAAGAGGGUCAGUUGACUCUGAAAGCAGGUGUUUUGGGGAGAAGAUAUAUAGCUUUUAAUGCAAAAGGAAGAUCCAGAAGAUUACAGUGAACCUAUUAAGGGUUAUUCCCCCCCCCGCACUUCUGGAAAAACAAGACUCUUUUCUAAUCCAAAUUCAUGUGACAUCUGUUUCUGAAACUGAAUUAAAAUACUCAUUUUGU